UCCACGGCUACAUCAACUUCCUUCGCCACUGACUCCAGCAGCCAUGGCGACCGUGCCCAACCACCGUCUGCUUCGUCCUCGCGCCGCAUCGCCCGAGAUCGACUGGGACAGGCUGGACAAGUCGCGCAUGUUCCUAGUGGGCGCGGGGCUCUUCAGCGGACUGACCGUUGCGCUCUAUCCGCUCUCCGUCAUCAAGACGCGCCUGCAGGUCUCCCCGCUGCCGCUCGCCGCCGCCCAUGCCGCCCCCGCCUCCGCCUCCCCUUCCGCUUCCGCUUCCACCUCCGCCCCGGCUUCCGCUUCCCCUUCCGCUGGAGCGGGCGCCACUGCUGCUUCCGUAAGGCCUGCUGCCGCGCAGGCAGGGGCGGCGCAGGCAGCGCGCAAUGUGGGGUUGGGGGGAACGGCGGGAGUGGGGAGAGUGGAGGGAACUGGAGUAGUCCGGGGGGCGGAGGCGCGGGGAGCGGAAGCUCGCGCUGGGGGGAAUGGCGGAGGGGCAGCCGGGGCCGCGUCAAGGACAGUCGGAGGGGCCAGAGUGGCUACAGGUGUGACACCGGUAACACCAGUAACACCAGUAACACCGGUAACACUGGUAACACCGGUAACAGGAGCAACAGCUGCAGCAGGUGGGAGAUCUACAGGAGGGGCAUCCGCAGCAGCAGGAGGAGCAGGGAGGGCAGCAGGAGCAGCAGGGGCAGCAAGAGCAGCAGCAGGAGCUGCAGCGGCAGGGGGCAGAAGCCCGUCGUCCGUGCGGCUAGCGGUGGACAUGGCGCGGCACAUAGCGCGCACGGAGGGGCCGAGGGGCUUCUUCCGCGGCAUGGGCACCGUGGUGGCGGGGAUGCUGCCUGGAAGGAUCAUUUAUAUGACGGUGCUGGAAGCAGUGAAGGCGAACACGCUUAAAGGGAUUAACGGCGUAACGGAGCUGCCUUUAGAGGGGCAUUUGGAAGGUGCUAGCAGCAGCAGCAGUAGUAGCAGCAAUGGUAGCAGUAAGAGCAGUGGUGCUAGCAGCAGCAGUAGCAGCAGUAGCAAUGACAGCAGCACGAGCAGCGAUGGCAGCAGCAGCAGUGGGACGGGCGGCACGGGGCGGUGGCUGCAUUUGUCUGAUACGGCAGCAGCUGGGCUGGCCAGCGCAGUGGGCGGCAUGUGCGCGUCUCUGGCCACCCAAGCCGUGGUUGUGCCCGUUGAUGUGAUCAGCUCCCGUCUUGUGGCCCAACAGGGGGACCUACCCUCCAACCACGCCACCAGGCAAGCAGCACCACCACCGUUACGAGCAGCAGCAGCAGCACACCACCACCACCCCACCAGCAGCAGCAGCAGCAGCGGCAGGAGCGGUGCGGUACACAGGGGGGCUCCACGCACUAGUGACCAUCCUGAAAACAGAGGGCCCAAGGGGCUGUACCGCGGGUUUGGGCUGUCUGUGAUGACGUAUGCGCCCUCGGGGUUCAUCUGGUGGGGCACGUAUGGCGCCGCUCAAAGGUUCUUCUGGAGCACAUACGACCGUUACGUGCAUGCAGCGGGCAGCACCACAGCGCCCCCUCUGGGUCUGGUGGUGGGCGUGCAGGUGGCAGGGGGCGUGUGUGCGGGGCUGGCGUCUGCGCUCGCCACCACGCCUCUUGACACGGUCAAGACGCGCAUCCAGGUGGGGCGCAAGACAGGGUCAGAAGCGUCUGUAUCGGCGGUGGUGCGGCAGCUAGUGGCACAGGACGGCAUGAGGGGGCUGUACCGGGGGUUUGCCCCUCGCUGUGCCAGCACCAUGCUGUGGGGCACCGCCAUGGUGUCCACCUAUGAGUACCUCAAGCGCCUGUGUGCCAAGGAUAUCUCGACAGGCUCGUAUGUUUCUCGAGAGCAAGGGGAGCACACGUGAUCCCGAGGCAUCCGAGAGCCAAGGAGGCGAGGAGAGCAAGGAGCCAAGGAGCCAAGGAGGCGAGGAGAGCAAGGAGCCAAGGAGCCAAGGAGGCGAGGAGGAGAGGGGGUUUUGAGAGCAAAUGGCAACGCCUGCAUGGAGACUGGCCGCUUCCAUGUCGUGCUCCGUGCCUCCUUCACUCCUGUGCGGUGCCGUGCGGUGGCGUGCAGUGCGGUUGAUGCGUAACUUUAUUAGAACUGUAGGUAUUAUUAUAUAUUCAGAAUAGCAGCUGGUUUUCUUAGAUAUGCAAAAAAGGCUGGAUUUGCGCUGCCAAUAAAUGCUGAACUCCGUGGAUGAUUA